ACUUUAACAUAAUUACCUUAGAUUGAGAUAUUUGUAUUCUAAAAAAAAUAUGCAUUUCACGGUUGCUAACUAGUUCAAACAUAAAGAUAUAUCAUUGCUAUGCAGGGUUGUUAAUCUGUCGCAAUCUUGACAAAUAUUUCUGUGACUGCUUUUAUGAAGAACAGGAAGUAGAAGUAAGGUGGAGCGAGAGCAAGCUUUCAAAACAUCAGACUCAGAGUCAUUGGCCCAAUUCUUAUUUAACCAACGCAACGAAAAUCAGAAUUUGUUUGUUGAAUUUCUCUCUCUUCCGUGGCGGCGGCGGCAAUGUCACGGACGAUGGAGUGGGCGGCGAGGGCGGAGCACCUCCGCGGCAUUUCGAGAAAGGUCGUGAUCGCGGCGGUGGGCGCCUUCGCCAAAACGGUGUCGUCUCUUCUCAACACCGCCGCCGUUCACAACGCCGACACUCUCCUCCGCCUCGUCCGCUCCAGACCCCACUGCGUCCCCCUCAUUAACGUUAGCAAUCACAUGUCCACUUUGGAUGAUCCGGUUAUGUGGGGAUUCAAGGGUUUUCCCAUCUUCGACACCAAGUUAGCUCGGUGGGUUUUCGCUGCCGAAGAUAUAUGCUUCAAGAAUGCCCUCUAUUCCUAUAUUUUUCGGGUCGGGAAAUGCAUACCUAUUACAAGAGGUGGUGGAAUUUAUCAAGAGCACAUGAUUGAAGCUCUUGAGCGCUUAAAAGAUGGAGAAUGGCUUCAUACUUUUCCAGAAGGAAAAGUGUAUCAAGAAGAUGUGCCUAUAAGGCGGUUGAAAUGGGGAACUGCUAGCCUAAUUGUUCGAGCACCUAUAACUCCAAUUGUAUUGCCAAUUGUCCAUCAUGGUUUUCACGAGGUGAUGCCAGAGAAAUACAUGUUUGGUAGACGACCUCCUGUACCAUUAUGGAAUAAGAAAAUAGACAUAAUUAUUGGUGAUCCAAUUGAAUUCGACCUUCCAGCAAUGAGGCAAAAGGCUAUUUCCCAGUCUCGUAAUGAGUCAUUCCCUACCAUUGGAUGGCCCAGCACUCCUGAUGGUUUGGAUGAAUUAGCACAAAGAUGUCUCUACACCGCAAUUUCAGAGCAAAUCCGUGCUGCAAUGGAGAGAUUAAGGUGUUUUGGUAAAAGUUUUGUGAAGUCAUGGCAAAGAGCGGAAAACAAGGGGCAGCAUCAUUCCUAGUGAGAGAAAUUCAAUUUUUAUUAGCAGAAGAAAUAGGAAAAGGGCCAUCAGGUACGGAAAAUCUAAUACUAAUGGUUGCAUUUGAAAAUUAAAUUUGCAGUAAUUUAGCUUAACUUAGAUAAAUUUUUUGACAAAUCCUCAUAGAAAAAGAAAAUAAGAUGAAAUAAAGAGAUAAAACAAAUCAAUUUUUUUUUUUAUAUUUGUGAAAAAAGUAAACGAGAGAAUUUUUAAGUUCCUCUCAAAAAAGAGAAUUUCUAAGUUGAGAUGUAUUGAUUGACUUCAACUUGUGGGAAAAAUUUAACUCAUUUUAUCUGGUUGAUUAAGUGUUUAUUAAGAAGUUUAUUCAAAUUGAACUUUAAUAAUAAAAGCUCCAAUAAAAAAUAAUAAUAAUAAAAAGAAGUUAUGACCUCCAAGAGGUUAUGUAAAUAUGGUUUGAAAAUUACGUGUAAUUAUUUCUUCAAAAAAAGUUACGUGUAAUUAACUAUGACCUUACAAAAGUAAAAGAUGUUGCAAGGUGAAAAUUGUAUUCCAAUUCCAUAAUUGCAUCAUGAGAAUGAGGACUGUUCGCGAAUCUUACAGUUUCUUUCUUAGUUAUUUCUUAUUAUUAAGAGAACAUUCUGGUCUCAUUGAAUAAUUUGUUUCACUCUAUUAGUGGGGUCAACUUGGGAUUCCAUUAGAGUAAAAUAGAAGUAUGAAAUGCAUUUUUUUAUAUGCUUGAUGUAUGCGGCCCCUUUUUCAAUAUGAAAGUAAUGUCAUUGUGUACAAAACAGUUACAAAAGGUGGGUUAGCCUUAAUUUAUUGAAGAUUUGAAGGUGAAAAAAAAAUGAAAAGGUGGUGUGUUAAAGGAGUGAUGACAUCCUAUUCGGAUAAUAAUGUUUAUAACAAUUUCGUUUGCACCAUAUUUAGACAACACAUGAAAAAGCGUGUAUAUUACUUAAAUCAUCAAUCAAUUUAUUAUUGCCUAAUUAUAAGGGUAUCCAACAAGAUUAUUAAAACCGGACCGACCGGUUAAACCGUUAACCGGUUACAAGUUCGGUUCAAAGCUGAAAACCAUGGUUGUUAAAAUCGCGCUUUAACUCGUGAAAUCGUAUGAUUUUACGAUUCCACCAAGGAUCGACGAGUUGAAUCGGAAGUAGAAUCGAAACCGGAGUAGACUCGUCUGAUUUAGCGCAGACUCGGGCGAGUUUAGGUAGACUCGCGAGUCUGCGACGAGUCCACGAGUUUAUGAAAUUUUUGAAACGGCGCCAUUUUGAAGUUGAGCUCCCUUACUCGCGAGUCGUGACUAAAUGGUCGUGUUGUGCUGAAGCUGAGUUACUCAUUGUUGUUCUGCUUUGAAAGCCCUCACUCGCAUUGUCAUUGCUGGCCCUCAGUUGCGGUCCUCGUCGUCACUAGUCCUCUGUCCUCCGUCGUCAUCGCUGCCUCGUUGGUCCUCACUCGUGCUCCAAGCUUUGCUUCACGUCACGACGCCUAGGUAAUUUCUCCUGAGUCCUCUCCUUUCAUGACCUAACUCGUGUCGUGGUGUUCCCUUCCCCUGCAACUACAAGGCUUCUCAUGAGUUGUUAGAUGCCUCUGGUUGAUUGUGCAUCUUACACUGUGAGGUCUUGGGUUUUUAGUUUUUUUACUGUUGACCUAACAGUGAGCAUUUUAGUGAUUUUUGUGUGAUUCGAUUUUAAUUGUGCAUCUUUGUUGAUUGUGUGAUUCGAUUUUAAUUGUGCAUCUUCCACUGGUUGAUUAUACAUCUUCCACUGCUUAGAUGCAUUCGAUUUUAAUGAUUUUUGUGUGAUUAUCAUCAUUCAUUUUGUUGGACAUGUUGCUUUGAAAAGUUCCCUUUCCUCUUCCAGAUCUCCCCUUACUGCUCCCCGCAGCAUCUUUUGAGGUCGUUGCUUUGCCGAAGGCAGCUCCAUUACUACCCUCAUCAGAUAGACCAUUCUCUAAUGCCCUUACUAAAUUCUCAAAGUAGUUUCUAGUCACACUGCCAAAACAUAUGUACCAGAAAAUGAAUGAAGCAUAACUCCAAUCCAAAAAAAUCAUGAUUAAAUCAACUUAAAAUGGAGUUCAAGGCAAAUGAUUAAGAAAAAGAGUAAUAUACACCUUGUCAAUCCGGCUAGCUUUGUAAGAAAGUCAUUGAAUUCUUUAGAUGAAGUCUCUCCAGACCAGAUUCUGCUUCACCAGAAAACAAAUUAUAGUUUAUUACUAUUUACAGAGGACUCACCACAAAAAUUUAUAAUUAAAUUCAAUUUGAAAAACAAAACCUUGUAAGUACUCAAAGAACUGCUUUUUUGCAUGCUUAUGCUCCGGCAAAUAGAACCCAUAUGCAUAUGUCCAUUUCAGCACUCUUCUACACUCAAUUAUCUGAAAACAUGAAAGACUUAUUAGGAAGCCAUCUAUUUCACCCUGAAAUGAAUUUUAUGCUAUUGUGGCAACUAUCAUUGAAAUUCCUUACAGCUAUAUAACAGCAAAGAAAAACGUAAUAAGAUUGCAGGCACUAAAGAAAUUUCUCACAAAAUCACCAGCUUCAGGAAAAAGGAAGAGCUGCUUUACUUGGUGUUUCAUGUUUGUCGAGGAAAGGCUGAUAACGGGGUCUGCCAUGCUUAUAAUUCAAUGAUGAAGCAUUAGCAUUCCGGAAUUUUAACGGCCGGAGAAACAAGUUUGCUGCACAAGAUAAAAUAUAUAUCCGUCAACGGAAUUACGGAAAUAUAAAUGGAAUAGUGCAAUAUCAAUAGCUGAGUUAUAAUCAAUUUUUCUUUUUUAAUUCUGUCUACUGUUUGUUAGUCCAUACACAUAUAUACAAUUUUCACAAAGAGAAGGAGAAGAAAAGAUUGAAGAGGAGAGUUGAGGGACAGAAGGGAAAUCGGGAAAGAGAAUAUAAAGUAUAUUCAUUCUUUUUUUUUUACUUUUUACAUACGUGUGAUAAAAAGAUUAUA